UCUAAAACCAAAUCAAUCCUUCUUUAAUUUACUUAUUCUUAGUAUAACGUUCACACCUUUUCUUACACAUUUACAACUAUAUAUGGAGUCGUCACGGAGCCUCGAGCACGUGCUCUCCAUGCAAGGUGGCGAGGAUGACGCGAGCUACGUCAAAAACUGUUACGGUCCAGCGGCACGUUUAGCCUUGAGCAAACCAAUGCUGACGACAGCCAUCAACUCCAUAAAGCUCACCGAAGGUUGCUCCUCUCACCUGAAAAUAGCCGAUUUAGGUUGCGCAAUCGGAGACAACACGUUUUCCACGGUGGAAACGGUGGUUGAGGUGUUAGGGAAGAAGCUAGCCGUGAUUGACGGUGGAACCGAGCCGGAGAUGGAGUUCGAGGUCUUCUUCUCUGACUUGUCUUCCAACGAUUUCAACGCGUUGUUUCGGUCGUUGGAUGAGAAAGUGAACGGUUCGAGCCGAAAGUACUUCGCGGCUGGCGUUCCCGGCUCGUUCUAUAAGCGUCUGUUUCCGAAAGGAGAGCUCCAUGUCGUUGUGACUAUGUCUGCUUUACAAUGGCUCUCUCAGGUACCUGAAAAAGUGAUGGAGAAAGGAUCGAAGUCAUGGAACAAGGGAGGGGUGUGGAUUGAAGGAGCAGAAAAAGAAGUCGUGGAGGCAUACGCGGAGCAAGCAGACAAGGACUUAGUCGAGUUCUUGAAAUGUCGCAAAGAGGAGAUUGUGGUAGGAGGAGUGUUGUUUAUGCUGAUGGGUGGUCGACCUUCUGGCUCCGUGAACCAAAUCGGUGAUCCUGAUUCGAGUCUCAAACACCCUUUCACAACUUUGAUGGAUCAAGCUUGGCAAGAUCUAGUAGAUGAGGGUUUAAUAGAAGAGGAGAAGAGAGAUGGUUUCAACAUUCCGGUGUACUUUAGAACCACCGAAGAGAUUGCGGCGGCGAUUGAUCGUUGUGGUGGUUUUAAGAUAGAGAAAACGGAGAAUCUGAUAAUAGCUGACCACAUGAAUGGUAAGCAGGAAGAGUUGAUGAAAGAUCCGGAUUCGUACGGUCGAGAUAGGGCUAACUAUGCUCAAGCCGGUUUAAAGCCGAUCGUUCAGGCCUAUCUUGGUCCUGACCUAACUCAUAAGCUCUUCAAACGGUACGCAGUUAGAGCAGCUGCCGACAAAGAAAUUCUCAACAACUGUUUCUAUCAUAUGAUCGCUGUUUCAGCGGUUAGGGUUUAAUGUUAUCGAUAUAUGUACAUAACAUGCGUAGUAUUAUAAAAAGUAUUUCGACGACGAAAUGGUUUGAUGCAUGGUAAAAUAAGUAAUUAUCAUUUAUCA